AUGUUAUAUAAUCUUGAUGAAAAAAUAAACAUUUUAAAUACUCUAUGCAACAAGUUGUUUUUGUUGAAACAAUUAGAAAUUGAUUUACAAAAUGUUGGUGAUUCAUAUACAAAUGGUUCUUCAAAAAAGAUUUUGUAUUUCUCUGAUGGUACAUUAGAAGUUGAAAACGAUAAUCAAGAUAUUCCUGAUUCAACAUCUGAAUGCAAAUCAUUACCCGUAAAUUUACAAAAGGCAAACUGGUUUCCUUGGAUGUGGUACCAGACCGUAGCUGCUGGAUCUAAGGCACUAGAAUUGUGUGAUUAUGUUGGGGAAUCUCUAGCUUCUUUUUUCGGAAUUACAACUCCUAAAUAUCAAUUUGAAAUAAAUGAAUAUAUGAGACUACAAAAGGGUUUCAUAGUACAUAACAUGCCUAGUCAUAGAAUGUGUAAAAGUAAUUUCGACUGA